AUGGAGGAACCGAGCAAACUGAGGCGAGCCGUGAUUGAUUCCUCGGCUGGGGCAAUUUCUGGUGGAAUAUCACGGACUGUUACCUCGCCCCUCGAUGUUAUUAAGAUUCGAUUCCAGGUUCAACUGGAGCCCACAUCUUCAUGGGCGUUACUACGCAAGGAUUUGGCUGCAGCAUCGAAAUAUACUGGCAUGUUUCAAGCAACCAAGGAUAUUCUUAGAGAAGAAGGCGUUCAGGGAUUUUGGCGAGGAAAUGUCCCGGCAUUGCUCAUGGUUAUGCCAUAUACUGCUAUACAAUUUACAGUUUUACACAAGUUGAAAACUUUUGCCUCUGGCUCUUCCAAGACAGAGAAUCACAUUAAUUUGAGCCCUUAUCUAUCCUAUGUCAGUGGGGCAUUAGCUGGGUGUGCAGCUACUGUCGGUUCAUAUCCCUUUGAUCUUAUCCGAACCAUAUUAGCUUCUCAAGGGGAGCCAAAGGUUUAUCCAACCAUGAGAUCAGCAUUCAUGGAUAUUGUCCGCACUCGGGGAUUCCAAGGCUUGUAUUCUGGAUUAUCCCCUACUCUAGUGGAGAUUAUACCUUAUGCAGGCCUACAAUUUGGCACGUAUGAUACAUUUAAGCGAUGGGCCAUGGCUUGGAAUCAUAGAUAUUCCAACACCACCGUAGAAGACAACCUCUCUAGCUUUCAGCUUUUCCUUUGUGGGUUGGCAGCUGGAACAUGUGCCAAACUUGUCUGUCAUCCACUUGAUGUUGUCAAGAAAAGAUUUCAGAUUGAAGGGCUUCAAAGGCAUCCAAGAUAUGGAGCUCGAGUUGAGCAUCUUGCAUACAGGAAUAUGUUAGAUGCCAUGCGACGGAUACUGCGACUAGAGGGUUGGGCUGGUUUGUACAAGGGGAUAAUCCCAUCAACUAUUAAAGCUGCACCUGCUGGUGCUGUUACCUUUGUUGCUUAUGAAUUUACAGCAGAUUGGCUAGAGUCCACUUUUAGUUGA